AUGGCUGUGCAGCCACGCAUCGGCCUUUCCGGUAGCAAACAUAAUUCCGGAAGUGCCGAAGACCUUGUCGAAACGUCCAUCACGCGAUGGACCACCAGGACUAUGCUCAUUGCGGCAACGCUCGUUGUCCUUUUCGGCGUCGCGGACGUUGCAGCCAUCAGAUCGGGCGAUGGCUGCGGGACUAACAUGUUCAGGUGCAACGAUGGCAGAUGCAUACAGUCAAUUCUCGUGUGCGAUUAUCGAGGCGAUUGCGACGACAACAGCGAUGAAAUGCAAUCGUGUCCACCGCCCGACUGCGACAUUGGCCAGAUUACGUGUGGCCAGUACAGUUUCAACAAGACGUAUUGUAUACCUCCGCAUCAACGAUGUGACAUGACUGUCGAUUGCGUCGACGGUACUGAUGAAGACGGCUGCACGUACAGAAAAUGCCAACCAGACGACUUCAGGUGCGUUGGAACCACGCCAGAACUUUGCAUACCCAAAGAAAAGAAGUGCGAUGGUUAUCUAGACUGCCGGAACGGCAGAGAUGAGGAGAGAUGCGAAAAUAACAUAAAGCCGGCCUGCCGAUUGGAUCAAUUUAGGUGCAAUACUACGCAACGCUGCAUUGAGCAGAGUGCAAGAUGUAAUCAUAGGGACGAUUGUGGUGACAACAGUGAUGAGGAGCAUUGUAAUUUCCCACCGUGCACAAGCGAUCAAUUUCGAUGCGCCAAUGCACUCUGCAUUCCCAUAGCAUAUCAUUGUGAUGGUUAUAAAGAUUGCCAGGAUGGUUCCGAUGAGAAAUCCUGCACGGUGACGGAUUGUCCGGAAAAUAAAUUUCGAUGUCCAAAAGGUGCGCCGGAUGGGAAGGCAUUGUGCAUAAAUCGAUCUCAGUUGUGUGAUGGCAAACAAGAUUGCGAGGAUGGAGCGGAUGAGGAAGCAGCAUGUUCGACGAGUAUGUGCAAUACACUUGGGUGUCAACAUAAAUGUCAGGCGUCUCCCACUGGAGGAGCUUGUUACUGUCCCGAGGGAAGAGUACUUGCCAACGAUUCGCGAACUUGUAUUGAUCGAGACGAGUGCUCCGAGUGGGGUUUUUGCGAACAGUUAUGCGAGAACACUGAUAGUUCGUACACGUGUCAUUGCGCGCCUGGUUACAUUCUCCACGGACGCAACAAAUGUCGUGCCCAGAAUAUUUCCAUGUUGGAACUUUUGCUCGCCCAGGAUCGCGCGGUGUGGCGACUGAGCGCGACUGGUGAAGAUCGCAGGAUAAUCGCCAAUACUACUGGCGCAAGUGGAGUCGAUUACCUGUAUUCGCGAAAUUUGCUCUUUUGGAGUGACACAAAGACGCGAAAGGUGCAUUCCGAGUCCCUCAAUCUUGGCAGCGAUACGCCACCCAAAGUAGACAUCAGUAUGGCGGGUUCGUGGGGACCCGUGUCCAUCGCGGUAGAUUGGAUUGGCGAUAAACUCUAUGUGGCGGAUUCGAUUGUGCAAAAAGUGGACGUAUUCGAGUUGGACGGCCGUUACCAUGGAAUUGUUGUGGGUUCCAAUCUUACGAAUCCAGCCGAUAUCGCUCUGGAUCCCACAAAGGGUCUCAUGUUCAUCGCUGAUAGCAAGCAGGUUCUCCGUGCUAACAUGGACGGCACCAAUGCAUUCUCUGUUGUUUCUGAAGCUGCUUAUAAAGUUUCUGGUGUGUCCGUGGAUAUCAUCGCCAAAAGAAUCUACUGGUGUGAUUCGCUGUUGGAUUACAUCGAGACGGCAGAUUAUAAAGGCCACAAUAGAGUUAUGAUUCUUAGAGGUUCUCAAGUGCCAUCCCCAAUCAGACUUACUCUCUUCGAGAAUAGGAUAUACUGGACAGAUGGUACCAAGCAAGCUGUCAUGAGCGUCGAUAAAACUCAGGGAGAUUAUUCUAUCCAAAGUGUGUUUAAGGUACGCGAUGCCAAGGCAAUAAAAGCCCUGCACCCGCUCUCGCAGCCAAGCGUUUCAAAUCCCUGUGGCAAUAAUAAUGGCGGUUGUCAACACAUGUGCAUUGUCACUGCCUCCAGCGAUCAGAAUAAUCGGCUGGGUUAUCGCUGCGCUUGCCACAUUGGAUGGCGAUUAGCAAGUGACAUGAGGAACUGCAACUUGGUGCAGGAAUUUCUUAUGUAUUCUCAACAGAGAUUUAUUAAAGGUCGCGUACUGAAUCCCGUAAUGGAAGGAUUUAGCGACGCUAUUCUACCGGUGGUAUCGAGACGGGCACGAUUCGUCGGACUGGAUUACGACUCGCAUGAUCAAUACAUCUAUUACAGUGACGUUCUUCAGGAUGUUAUAUACAGAGUACAUCAGAAUGCGACCGGACGGGAGAUUGUUUUGGCUAGCCAAAACGAAGGAGUGGAAGGUCUCGCGGUCGAUUGGGCUGCGAAAAACUUGUACUAUAUUGAUUCUCGUAAAGGCACACUAAACGUGCUCAGCACUCGUAAUGUCACGUAUCGACGAACACUAUUGAAGAAUCUGAAGCGUCCUCGCGCAAUCGUGAUUCAUCCAAACCAUGGUUACAUCUUUUUCUCUGAAUGGGAUCGUCCAGCCAACAUUAGCAGAGCUCACGCCGAUGGUUCCAGCUUGGUCGUUUUCAGGAAUCUGACUUUAGGUUGGCCGAAUGGUUUGGCGAUCGACUUUAGCAAAGAUCGAUUAUAUUGGUGUGACGCUCUGCUGGAUCAUGUACAACACUCAAACUUGGACGGCACGGAUGUACGAACGGUAAACUCUAGACUUAUCCGUCAUCCGUUUUCCAUUGCCAUUCACGAGGAUUGGAUGUAUAUCACCGAUUGGCGGCUCGACGCUAUUAUCCGAUUGCACAAGGAAACUGGCGAGCAAGAAGCUGUCUUAGUCCGUGAACCUGCCACUAAUAGGCUUUACGGCGUAAAGGUCUUUAGCCGUGAAAUUCAAACCACGACCUCUAAUCAUCCUUGCACCAUUAAUAAUGGUGGUUGUGAAAAACUUUGCUUCGCUAUUCCGGAUAAUUCUUCCCACUCCGAUGCUAUCAGGUUCCCUGGCAUGCAAUCAAUGCCAAGACUUACUCAGGUGUGUGGCUGUCCCUAUGGAGAACGUCUUCAGGGCAAUGGUAGAACUUGCGCAGCGGAUCCCGAUGGGGAACCACCACUGCAGGCUUGUCCGCAUACUUGGGAUUUCACAUGUGCGAACCAAAGGUGCGUUCCAAAGUCUUGGGUAUGUGAUGGCGAAAAUGAUUGCCUAGAUAACAGUGAUGAGAUGCAAAACUGCACAAAACCGACAUGCAGUGCAAAUGAGUUCCAAUGCAAAUCCGGUCGUUGUGUACCGAUGACGUUUCAUUGCGAUUCCGAAAAUGAUUGCGGCGAUUAUAGCGAUGAAGUGGGCUGUCCAAAUAUUACCUGCAAUGCCAAUCAAUUCGCCUGUGCCAACAACCGUUGCAUUCCCGCAACUUGGAAAUGCGAUUCGGAAAAUGACUGUGGCGAUAGCUCCGAUGAGGGCGAGUUCUGCGCAGCAAAAACUUGCUCAUACUUUCAAUUUACUUGUCCACGCUCUGGUCAUUGUAUACCACAAUCUUGGGUGUGCGACGGUGACAGCGAUUGCUUUGACCACCAAGAUGAAAUGGAUUGUCCACCGGUUACUUGUCUCAGCACGCAGUUUACAUGUGCGGACCAAAAAAUGUGUAUCUUGUCAUCGUACAAGUGUGAUGGUAUUAGUGACUGUAAUGACGGUUCCGAUGAAGUGGGUUGUCCAUCACUAGCGCCGGAUCAGUGCAAUACCGAUAAACAAUUCCAAUGUGUCAGUUCAGCGAUUUGCAUACCGAGAAGUUGGUAUUGCGAUGGUACUGCAGAUUGUCCUGAUAAGUCCGAUGAACCGGCAUCCUGCGGAAAAGUCGAUUGCCAACCCGGAUUCUUCAGAUGUCAAAAUGAGAGAUGCGUAUUUAAAGCAUAUAUCUGUGAUGGUAAAGACGAUUGCGGAGAUGGCUCCGACGAGAAUACCGAAUUGCACGCAUGUGGUCCUCCUCCGUUUAAAUGCGACUCUCAACAAUGGAAGUGUCCAAACGUAACAAAUCGUUGCGUGAAUAUAAGUAGCGUGUGUGAUGGAAAAUUAGAUUGUCCGAAUGGCGCGGACGAAGGGCCUGGCUGUGAUCUCGCUGAAUGCGAGCAUCAGAGUGGAUUAUGCAGCAAUGGUUGCAUUCAAACUCCAUUGGGUGCACAAUGUACUUGUCCGCCUGGCGAAGAACUGAAUUCCGAUAGCUUGACAUGUCAGGAUAUUAAUGAAUGCGAUCCGCCAGGAAAAUGCUCACAGAUCUGCGUGAACACGAAGGGUAGCUAUUAUUGCAACUGCGUGGACGGUUACACGCUGGAGAAAGAUAAGCAUAUGUGUAAAGCGUUUAAUCACAGUGCUGCGUUCUUAAUUAUUUCUAAUAGAUAUACUAUUCUGGUGGCUGAUCUUCAGGAUCAGGCAUUGGAACGAGUUCCUAUUAAUGUAGAAAAUGUAGUGGCGACUGCCAGUAAUAUGCAUACUGGUACUAUUUUCUGGUCUGAUAUGAAGUUGAAACGAAUCUCGCGAUUGGAUCGUGGUAGCGAUCCGCAAGAUAUCAUCAGUACUGGCUUGGAUCUAGUAGAAGGUCUUGCCUACGAUUGGAUUGGUCAAAAUUUGUAUUGGUUGGAUUCAAAGUUGAAUACAAUCGAAGUAGCUAAAGAGACUGGAGUUGGCAGAAUGAUUCUCGUCAAGGAAAACAUUACGCAGCCCCGUGGAAUGUGUCUGGAUCCAAAUCCAGGAGCAAGAUGGCUCUUCUGGACAGACUGGGGCGAAAAUCCCAGAAUUGAGAGAAUCGGGAUGGAUGGCACUAAUCGAUCGACUAUUAUCAGUACGAAGAUCUAUUGGCCGAACGGUCUGGCUUUAGAUAUUGCGAACCGCAGAAUCUAUUUUGCGGAUAGCAAAUUGGACUUUAUUGACACUUGCCUUUAUGAUGGCAGUAAAAGAAUCCAGGUUCUAGCCAGCUCGCACUAUCUUUUACACCCUCAUUCGCUUACACUCUUCGAAGACACUAUGUAUUGGACCGAUAGGCAGCUCAAUCGAGUGCUCUCUGCGCACAAGUUUAAGGGCUCUAAUCAAACAGUUGUAUCGCACUUAAUUUCACAACCGCUUUCUAUACAUGUACAUCAUGCGGUAUUACAACCGAUCACUCCGAAUCCUUGCGCUAACGUGACGUGUGAACAUCUGUGUCUUCUAUCGCCCAGUAAUCCAAAGGGAUACAGUUGCAAGUGUCAGGUUGGAUUUAAAUUAUUGUCUGACGGACGUUGUAUGGAAGAGGAAACACCGUACUUGAUGGUACUGCGAGGCUCCCAGAUCGUCGACAUUUCCUUGACGCCUGGAGAAACCAAAACAGGAUACAUUACCCCUAUUGUUGGCGUCGAAGGUGGAAGAUUUAUCGAUUAUGAUAGAAGAGAUCGCAUUAUUUAUUGGUUACAAGGUAAAGACGGCGAUGACGAGAAUGGUACAAUUUAUACCAUUCCUUAUAAUGGUGGUAAUCGGACGGAGUUUCCCAAUCCUGCCGGCGAUACUGGCAUCGUCGGUUCACCAUCGACAAUGGCAUUGGAUUGGCUUGGCCGCAACUUAUUUAUUGGCAACAAGUUUGCGUCCAAUAUCGAAGCCAUUAAGUUAGAUGGCAAAACACGCUUUCGUACAAUUGUUUUGGCGAAUGAUGGCAAUCGUUCAUCGGUGUCUAAACCGAAGGCAAUGUGCGUAGAUCCUAUUGACGGACAAGUGUUUUGGGUUGACGAGGGAGGCUUUGGAGUGCCUCAAAAGAUUGGUCGAGUAAAUAUGGACGGCACUAAUCCUUUAAUCUUGGUUGAAAAUUUGGAACGCCCUGAAGCCAUUAGCAUCGAUAUCCCCAGCAAGAUGUUAUAUUUCUCUUGCCAAAAUCCAGCUUUCAUCAAAGCUAUGUCGACGGACGGUAUGAAUGUUCGCACUAUUCUUACUGCAGCAAACAACAUGGCAUUGCCAAAAGCAUUAGCCGUCCAUGAGUCUCGUCUGUACUAUCUGGAUCCACUUUAUGAUAAAAUUGAGCGUGUCGAUCUACCGAACGGCGAUAAUCCAACUACAAUCAUUGAUAAUGAUUCGGAGCUUCGUACUCUGACUAUUUACAAAAAGCGUGCUACUGGAUCUCAUCCCUGUCUCAUUAAUAAUGGCGAUUGUGAACAGCUUUGCUUACCUGCAUCUGGAGGUACUCGCGUUUGCGCCUGUGGGAUGGAAUACAAGAAGAUUAGUGACACCAGAUGUGAACCCUACAAGACUUUCGCGGUGGUUACACAAUUGGACGUUGCCAGGGGUUACAGCCUGAAAGAUUCCAAGGAAGCCAUGGUACCCAUUGCUGGAGUUGGCCACCAUAUACUUCAUGUGGACGUGCAUUACGCGGGCAAUUGGAUAUACUGGGUAGAAUUUAAUCGAGGCAUUUGGAAUGGUAUCUUUAGAGUACGGCCAAAUGGUACAGAAUUGCAACAGGUAGUUAAACAAGGAAUUGGUUCUAACGGAAUCCGUGGUCUAGCUGUGGAUUGGAUCGCAGGAAAUUUGUACUUUGCCAAUGUUUUCCCUCACGACAACUAUGUAGAAGUCUGCAGAUUAGAUGGCUCCAAUCGAAAAGUGCUCGUGAAAACGACAACGGACGCACCUCGCGAACUUGCCGUAAAUCCUAUCAAACGAUAUCUAUAUUGGAUCGAUUAUGGACAAUAUCCACGGAUUGGAAAGGCUUUCCUCAAUGGUAGUAAUUGGUCUCCUAUUGUAACAUCUGGUAUUAGCACACCACGUGAUCUGACGGUCGAUCUUGUGACACACGACAUUUAUUGGGUGGACUCAAAAUUGGAUACUAUCCAGAAGGUGUCUUAUACUGGUGGAAACCGAGAAAUCAUUCGUAGAAAUUUGCCAAAUCCAAUGGGCGUUGCUAUUUAUGGUACCGAUGUCUACUGGGUCGAUCGAAAUUUGGCUACCGUUUUUAAAGCGAGCAAAGCAAAGGGUAAUACCAGCCUACCCAUUCCCGUUAGAACAAAUCUGCAGAAGCUUAGGGACAUUGCAAUCUUUGACCAGAGUAGUCAACCAGCAGAUCCUACCAAUCCUUGUUCACAGGUUUCAAACGGUGGAUGCUCUCAGCUAUGCUUUGCUUUUCCAAAGGACAGUCCCAAAUUAUUUACUUGCGACUGCGCGGUGGGUAAACUCUCUUCUGAUGGCCGUACUUGUGAAAAUGUCGAAGAAUACUUAGUGUUCGCCACGCGAACUGAGAUUCGCGCCAUUAAUCUCGACCCACACAACACCAAUGUACCCUUUACACCAGUUGGAAAUCUGACAAAUGUAGUUGGGGUGGACUUCGACUAUCAGGACAAAAAGCUUUUGUUUACUCAAAUUCGUCCUUGGGCGAAAAUUGCGUGGACUCCAUCAGACCACCCAUCUUCCUCUGAUUUGCAUACGUUACUCAAUAAAGGGAUUAAUCCUGAAGGCAUUUCGUACGAUUGGACUCAGAAGAAAGUCUAUUGGACGGAUUCCUCCAACAACAGCAUUUAUGCAAUGGACAUUGAUGGAUCUAAUUUGGUAAUGAUUGCACGCGUAGAUCGCCCACGUGCCAUUGUUGUCGAUCCCUGUAACGGCUCGCUUUACUUUACCGAUUGGGGUCGUUUCGGAACAUCCGGCAAGAUUUUCAAGACUACUAUGGCCGGAUCGUUGAAACGUGCCGUUAUUGACAAGGAUCUUUCGCAGCCUAGUGGUCUAGCAAUUGAUUACGACGAUCGAAUGUUGUACUGGACCGACGCCGUGCGUGAAAAAAUCGAAAGGUCCGAUCUCGAUGGAAAGAACAGAGAAGUUCUGGUUAGCGCUACCAUUUAUCCCUUUGCUAUCACUGUCUUUCGGGAGCACAUCUAUUGGACGGAUCUUCAGCUGCGCGGAGUUUAUCGAGCGGAGAAGCAUACUGGAGCCGACAAGAUCGAGCUGGUAAAGCGGUUAGAAGAUUCACCACGGGAUCUUCAUGUAUUUUCUGCGGCCAGGCAACAGUGCACUGUUAAUCCUUGCAAUAUCAAUAAUGGCGGUUGUGACCAAUCUUGUCAUCCAGGCCACAACGGGUCUGCAGAAUGCAAAUGUAACGACAACAGCAGAUUAGUAAACGAAGACCGAAUGUGCGUACCGAAAAAUGUCACGUGCGAUGCUAGCAAAUUUGCAUGCAGAAACGGCAGAUGCAUUUCUAGAAUGUGGGCUUGUGAUGGAGACGAUGAUUGUGGUGACGGUUCUGACGAGGAUACUAGUUAUUGCUCUUAUCACUCGUGCAGUCCGAACGAGUUCCGUUGCAAUAAUGGCAGAUGCAUAUUUAAAACGUGGAAGUGCGAUCACGAGAACGAUUGUCGGGACGGUAGUGAUGAGGAAGGCUGCGUUUAUCCACCCUGUGCACCAGGUGAAUUUACCUGUGCCAAUUAUCGUUGCAUUCCGCAAUCUCAGGUGUGCAAUGGUAUCAACGAUUGUAAAGACAAUGUUACGUCCGACGAGACGCACGAGCGUUGUCCUCGCAAUACUACAUGUCCGUUGAAUCACCUUAAAUGCGAAAAGACAAAUAUCUGCGUGGAACCGUAUUGGCUCUGCGACGGUGAUAAUGACUGCGGUGACAAUAGCGAUGAGAAUCCAGUUCAUUGUGCCCAGAGGACGUGUCCCCAGAAUAGCUUCCGAUGUCCCAAUCACAGGUGUAUUCCAGCUACUUGGUACUGCGAUGGAGAUGAUGACUGCUUGGACGGAAGUGAUGAACCUCCUGGUUACUGCCAAUCCGAGGGUAGAACAUGCUUCGGUGAUCUAUUUACGUGCGAUAACGGCAACUGCAUUCCCAGAAUUUACAUCUGUGACGGCGACAAUGAUUGUCUGGAUAACUCCGAUGAGGAUGAACGUCAUCAAUGCAACGACAGGAAAUGCGAUGAAGAAACGGAAUUUACUUGUGUCGCGAACAAAAUGUGGAACCGCGCCCAAUGCAUCCCUAAAAAAUGGUUAUGCGACGGGGAUCCGGAUUGCGUUGAUGGGGCUGAUGAAAAUGUAACUUUGCACCAUUGUCCGGCACCAACUCCUUGCGCCGACAAUCAAUUCACUUGCACCAACGGUCGGUGUUUGAAUCGCAGCUGGCUUUGUGAUCAUGAUAAUGAUUGCGGUGAUGGUAGCGAUGAAGGCAAGUUCUGCAACUCUCAGUAUAAGCACUGCAGUACCCAAGAGUUUACCUGUCAGAACUUUAAAUGUAUCCGCAAGCAAUUCCGCUGCGAUGGCCAGGAUGAUUGCGGUGAUCAUUCAGAUGAAGUUGGAUGUCCAUCUAAAGGAAAGAACACUACGUGUCCGAAUCCAAAGGACUUUAUGUGCGCAAACGGUAACUGUAUUGACUCGCAAUUGGUAUGCAACAAAGAACCGGACUGCCCGGACGAAAGUGACGAACCGCCACAUUGCAAUGUCGACGAAUGUGCUCGCAUCGAAUUGAACCAAUGCGGACACAAAUGCGUCGACACGCCAACCAGCUUCUAUUGUGAAUGCAAUCCCGGUUACAAGCUAUUGGCUGAUGGCAAAGCCUGCGAUGACAUCGACGAGUGCAUCGAGACACCUCAAGUGUGCAGUCAGCAAUGCGAAAAUACACCUGGCGGAUAUUAUUGCAAGUGUAACGAGCGUUGGUACGAGAGAGAAGCUGAUGAGCAUACAUGCAAACGCCGAGACAAUAUUCAGCCGUGGAUCAUAUUUACGAACAAAUAUUACGUCAGAAAUAUGUCAAUCGAUGCGUCCAACUAUAGCUUGAUGCAUCAAGAUCUGAUUAAUGUUGUUGCGUUGGAUGCGGAUUAUGCCCAGCAGAUGUUAUACUUUUGCGAUGUCACUGCUAAAACGAUAUAUAGAGCACCAGUGAACGGCGGUGAAAGGGAACCUAUUAUUCGUCACGACAGUUUGGGCCUAGAGGGUAUCGCUAUCGAUUGGAUUGGUCGAAAAUUGUAUUGGUUGGAUCGUCAUGCAAAACACUUGGAUGUUGCCGAACUUGAUGGCACUAACAGAAAAACUUUGCAAACUGGAAUAGCAGACCCGCGUGCUAUCGCAGUUCAUCCUGGCACUGGAUAUUUAUACUUCACAUCCUGGCAUCUUCAGGCAUACAUUGGCAAAAUGGGUAUGGACGGCAGCAACUUUACUCGAAUUCUAACGUGGCAAGAUGACAUCGCUUGGCCGAACGCUCUGACAAUUGAUUAUUUCACCGAUCGUAUCUUCUGGGCCGAUGCCCAUCUAGAUUACAUCGCUUUUGCUGAUCUAGAAGGUCACAAUCGACGAAUUGUCCUGUCAGGUGCUACAGUACCACAUGUAUUCGCCAUUACGGUGUUUGAUGACUUCAUUUAUUGGACUGACUGGAACCUAAAAGCCAUUAGUAGGGCAGAGAAAUUUUCGGGCGCUCACUUGCAAGUACUGCGCAAUACUACCCAUAGGCCUUACGACAUCCACGUGUAUCAUCCUCUGCGACAAUUAUUUUACAACAACCCCUGUGCGGAAAACAAUGGUGGUUGUUCACACCUCUGUCUUAUCGCUCCGCCUGCUAGCUCGUAUCUGCUUGAAGGAUACGGUCAGCCUGGAGUCACUUCUUAUAAAUGCAAAUGUCCGAAUCAGUUUAUCUUGGAUAAAGACGGCAAGACGUGCAUAGCGAAUUGUACCGCAGGACAGCAUCGUUGCGGACCACCUGAUGAGAAGUGCAUCCCUUGGUAUUGGAGAUGCGACGGGGAAAAGGAUUGUAAGGAUGGUUCCGAUGAAUCAACGAGUUGUCCAUCGAGGAAUUGUCGGCCGAGUGUCUUCCAAUGCGCGAAUGGAAAUUGUACGCCAAGCGUAACAAUUUGUGAUGGAGUUGACGAUUGCGGUGACAAAAGCGACGAAGCCAAGUGUGCACUUGAAUGUGGGGAACUCGAAUUCAAAUGCAAAUCGAACGGCCGGUGCAUACACGAUUCCUGGAAAUGUGACGGAGACGCCGAUUGUAAAGACGGUAGUGACGAAGAUCCUGCGAUAUGCCAUAAUCGUGCUUGCGACCCGAGCACAGAGUUUAGUUGUAAAAACGGCAAGUGCAUUCCUAAACUAUGGAUGUGCGAUUCUGACAAUGACUGUGGCGAUGAUAGCGAUGAACCAGCGUAUAUGUGUCGACAAAGAAAUUGCACGACUGGAUGGCAACGUUGUCCAGGACAUGCAAAUUAUCGAUGCAUUCCAAAGUGGCUAUUCUGCGACGGUAAAGAUGAUUGCCGUGAUGGUUCUGACGAGCGUUCGGAGAGUUGCCCGAAAUGUGAUCCCAAUAUGGACUUCAAGUGUGCUAACAACAGAUGCGUGCCGAAACAGUGGCUCUGUGACUUUGCUGAUGAUUGUGGGGACGGCAGUGACGAACUCGAGGUGAUGUGUAAAGACAGGUACCGCGAAUGUUCCGAGUCUGAAUUUAAAUGCAGGAAUGGCAAGUGCAUUGCAUCCAGAUGGAGAUGCGACAACGAGGACGAUUGCGGUGAUAAAACCGAUGAGGAGAAUUGCCAACAGUGGGUGUGCAAGAGCGAAAGCUUCCAAUGUGACAGUGGUCACUGCAUCGCACCGUAUCUUCGUUGCGACGGAGCGCGAGAUUGUCGUGACAUGAGCGACGAAAAGAAUUGUCCUCCGAGGUAUCCCGGAGGAAGAUAUUGUCCGCAAUCGCGAUUCCAAUGUAACAACAAUCUUUGCGUCUCGUUAACUGACGUUUGCGAUGGUACCGAUGACUGUGGUGACAAUUCUGACGAGAACCCAACAAUGUGUGCAAACUUUGACUGUGAUACGCAUAGACGAUUCCAGUGUGCCAAUCACAAGUGUAUCGCCAAGUAUCAGCUAUGUGACGGGAUUGAUAACUGUGGCGAUGGUUCUGAUGAGAACAACAUGACGAUGUGCGUGAAACACAUUCGCCCAUGUGACCCUCUCUCAGAGUAUACCUGUUCAAACAAGAAAUGCAUCGAUCGUCUGAAGCUCUGUGAUCUCGCGGACGAUUGCGGCGAUUUGUCAGAUGAAUUGGGCUGCCAUCACAGUCAUCACUGUUCAGAGAAUGAUCGCGGUGGCUGCUCACAAAAGUGCCACAAUAUUACUGAUGGCGGCUAUAUUUGUGCCUGCUACUCUGGCUACAUAAUUUCGCAAGAUAACCGGAAACAUUGCGUGGAUAUUGACGAGUGUCAGACCGGUCAGCAUCAGUGUUCUCAUAUUUGCACUAAUUUGAAUGGCUCGUACGCCUGUUCUUGUCGGCAAGGUUUCCAGUUGUCUGAUAGUCAAAGUGGCGUCUGCCGCGUCGAAGACGAAGACGUUGUCGUGCUCUUUGCUAAUGGACCCGAACUUAGGGCCUACGAUCUGCAUACUAGACAAGAGAUGGAUGUAAUAGACAAUGAGAAGAGAGUGCAAGCUGUCGAUUUUGAUCCCAGGACCGAGUAUGUAUUCUGGAUUGACUCGUAUGACAACACUAUCAAACGGUCUUACAUGGUGAACGCGAAAGAAGGCCAGGCAAAGAUUGGAUACGCGCAGGAUCUUAAUAUGAAAACUGAUUCCAAGCCUACGAGUUUAGCAGUGGAUUGGAUCUCCGGCAAUUUGUACUGGAGCGAAAUAGAUCAAACGGGGACCAAUCCUCGCGGUCGAAUUAUGGCAUCUAAAUCGGACGGCAGGUAUCGACGUAGCCUAGUUACAGUGAAUCUCGAGCAACCAACAUCAGUGGCCGUGGAUCCCGAACGAGGAGAGCUCGUGUGGGCCGAUGCGGGCAAUCAGCCAAAGAUUGAGAUAGCUUGGAUGGAUGGCGAUAGACGCAAAUUGCUUGUGGCGGAACGAAUCGCUAGUCCUUCGGCGCUUACCAUCGAUUACGCUAUGGAUCACAUGCUUUACUGGUCCGAUAGCAAGUUGGACACAAUUGAGACGAUUAGCUUGACCGGCACCAACAGAAAAGUCGUUUUAAAAGGAAGACCUCUUAAAAAUCCAAUAGCAUUGGAUGUAUUCGAGAACAACCUUUAUUGGACUACUAAACAGACGGGCGAACUUAUUCGACAAGACAAAUUUGGCAGAGGAGUUCCACACACUAUCGUGAAAAAUCUUCCUAAUCCUGGAGGCAUCAGAGUGUAUCAUCAACUGAGAUACAAUACCAGUCUGAGAGAUCCUUGCCACAAUGACCAAUGCACUCAUCUUUGCGUAACGAUCCCUGGCGGCCAUCGCUGUCUUUGCUCAGACAGCGUUGGUCUUCUUCAGCGUCUGAUCAUAGACGGCAACGAGAGGCAUUGUGACGCCACUAAUGAAAGACCUCUACCAGCACCUAGAGUAUGUCGUUGCCAGAAUGGUGGACGAUGCCAAGAAGAGGACGAUAAGCUGGCAUGUAAUUGUCGCGAAGAGUUCCAUGGUGAAUUUUGCGAAAUGGCGGCGGUCGCUGCCAGAGCAGGCGGAUCCACCGCUGCUAUAGUUAUUCCCAUAGUCAUAUGCCUGUUAGUAUUGUUCUGUGCUGCUGCAAUCUUCAUGGUUCUCAAGAAACGACCAUUUGGUAAGCCUGGUGGCCUCAGCAGUCUCACAGGUGCUCAAAGUGUUUCUUUCCGCCAAGGUAGUAACGUAGAGUUUGGUGCAGCGGCUCACGAAAGAAUGGAACCUCUCGAUGUGGAGUACAACCUGAACGAUGUGACCAAUAAGAACCGAGAUUUCAGUAACCCAAUGUACGAUGCGGUGAAUAUGGAAAGUGGUACUACGAACGGUACCGGCGCCAGCAGUAUGUACGAAGUGCCGGCUGAAAUGAAGCCCUCCAGCAUACAGCACAAAGAGCCUCCACAGCUGCACCUGAAGAGAAGAGAAUUGGAUCCGACGCCGAUCGACUCGGGUAAAGACACUCAGCAGCUGGUCGAGGAAGACAAGUCCGAAUGCUAGGACCAAUUCCUACUUAAGGAUUUCUUCAGACUUGUGCUUUGAACUUGAGACGCACGUCGAGAUACUUUACGACUGCGGAAAAUGCAUAGAAAAAACGUAAAAAGACGACGUAAAUGAAUUGACCAUUUCUACGUAAAUAGUGCGGAUUACAUCGCAACGUUUAUAUGUUAUUUAUUAAGCAGGUGAAUCACUGAGGUGUUUCAACGCACACGAUACGAUUGAUUUGAGAUUCCUGUUUUAUCUAGUGAUUUUCGGAUAAUGUCUUCGGGAUCUCUAGAAUUUUGGAAAAAAGAGCGGAUAGCGGAGGUUUGUCCAAGUCUGUAACUGUGUACGUUUUUAUAUCUAAGGAUCUCGAUUUCGAUUUAUAAUUUUUGAGACCCUCAGAUCUAAGAAUCUUUGAUCACAGAUUCUUGCAAAUCCACACAGAUUCUCUAAACCAGGAAUUGUGAACUGGUUUUGGAAUCUUGUAAGUUUGGAGAAUAUAAGAACGACAGACGGGGUCGCGAGUCGAUUUAAUGGGGAGAACAGAGUGAAAGAGAAUUGUAAUAGAUACAAUUGUGUCGUUUUUUACUAGGUGUGAUUUAUAAGUCUUGUAAAUAUAAUUGCUAACAAAGUAUAAUGUUCAUGUUAUCUGUGUACCAUAAAAAUGCAACACAUUCUCUUUCAAGGUUGCUGUUUAAAGCGUUAAUGCAGGACACUUUCUAUAAAUAGGAUGUGUAUGUAUAUGUGUAUGUAUGCGUGCACGUACAAGUAGGUAGGUGCUCGAAUUGAUACAUUUAAUUCCUCGAUAUUUCUUCCAAAUAUAAUAUAUUUGCAUUUAGCAUUUUAAUAUUUUGCAACUUGUAUGCGUGUAUAAAUUAAAAAAUGUUAUACCGUGAAGAAAAAUAAUGUUUUAAUUUAAUCUAAGAAAUUACAUUUUCUAAUUUGGAUAUUAAUUUAAAGAAAAUGUACGAAAAAUGUGAUAAUUAAAAAAUUUUAAUUAUCUGGUUCAGUUUAAUCGUACAAUUCGGGCACUUGGUAUAUACGUCCGAAUUAAUUCUCAACUACAAUAUGAUGCCUAAUUUAACUUUGAUAGAAAUCUACGAAGCUUAAAAAACUGUCGUAUUUCAAUGAAAAUUUAAUAUUAUUUUUAUAUUAUCUAAUUUAAUAUCUAAUUCAAGAAAUGCAACGUCCAAAACUUUGACUAAAGUUUCCUGUAACAAUAUUUUCGAAAUUGGAAUUGAUCUCACUUGAACACUUGCGAAUUAUAGUAGUUGAGUGUUAACAAUGCAUGUGCGCUUAAAAAAUUGUAUUCUUAGUAGAGUAUUUUCAUAAGACGAGGCGUUAUAUAGUUCUUUAUGUGGAAAGUGUGACCUUUAUUGUUACGACGAAAAGAAGCAUAUAAACUGGAAAAGCGAGAUAGACGCGUAUUUCACGAAAGUUAUUAAUAAAAAUGUUAUUUUUAUAGAAUUUAUGUUGUAGAAUGAUCGAUUGUACGAUACAAAAAGGUAUCUUCCGCGGCGAAUAUGCCCUCGGAAUGUUUGCUCGACCAACAUCAUUGUACAUUUCUCAUUUUAUGUGGAGUAGUCGUCUUGCAAAAAGUGGCUGUAUUAAAAGGAAUCAAAGAAAAAUUUGUUCUGAGAAAAUAAUUUCUUAUACUUUAAAAGUACAUGAAAUCGAUAUCAAUCUUUUUAUACAUGCAUUUUUUGCAAGGUCAGUAAGCGUGCAAUUCUUUUUCCGUGCGAAUUAUGACUGCAAUGAAAUCCUUAUAUUUUCUAAUUUCUUGUUACAAAAAUUAGGAUUUUUUAUUUGAAAUUCUUACAACUGUUACACCUCGUAGUUAUUAUCAUGAUUUUUAAAAUCUUUAAUUUCUUUUUAAUUUUCUAAGUACUAAAUAAUUCAAAUACACAAUCGACAAAAGAGUCUGAGAGACCGGCCUGAAUAACUUGUACAUACAUGUUUAAUGAAUUAAGGAAAGAGAAUUAUGUCGUCACUGACCCAUUCUCCAUACAGAUUAUAUAUUAUACAUAAAUAUAAAUAAAUAAAUAAAUAUAUAUAUAUAUUUUUUGUUGCAAUCGACUUUGACUUGGGCAGGGUUCCAGAGAGUGGUCCUAAUAUUAUUAUAUCAGUAUUUUGUGUGUUUCUUUAUCAAGUUGAUAAAAUAAUAAUUGUUAAUAUAUUGUGCAAAAAUAUCAAACAGAUACCGUCCAAAAAUAAAUAAUAAAGUUGAUAAUCCAGUUUUUCUUAUGCCUAUGCAACAUCAAACGCACAUGCAAUUUUACAUGCAAUUCUGCAGAUCCGGAUAAUGUAAAUCGUUAUAACUAUCAGAAUAUGUUUAUAAUUUCAUUUAAUAUACUACCUUUCUUCAAACAGUUAAUUAUAUCUUUGCUAAAUUAUUGAUGUACCAUUUUUACAUUAAAAACUUGUUAUGUUUUAUUA